ACAUCUCCAGACAUGCACCAGAGAGAGAAAGACCGGUCCGGGUGGCAGACAAUAGCAAUUGUGAACGAGCGCUGACAGGAGAUAGAAGAGCGUCUGCCUGUUUCUAUCUCGUUCUGCCCGCCAUUAAGAUGGGAUCACAGGUCACUCGCGCGGAAGCAAGUAAAUGUUGCCAACUGGCCACCGAAAUUUUCAACACCACCGCAACGCCGGGAACCGAGUGCGCUUCAGCGAGGAAGGAACUGAGUCCCGGCCUGAAGAUUAUAGUAAGCAUUGUUAUGUCAGUGAUGGUGGUAGCAAUAGUCUUUGGAAACGUAUUGGUGAUAACUGCAAUCGCCAGGUUCCAGAGACUGCAGACUGUCACCAAUUAUUUUAUCACCUCUCUGGCCUGCGCAGACCUGGUGAUGGGACUGGUGGUUGUUCCCUUCGGUGGGGUUCGCAACAUUACAGGGGUGUGGUACUUCAAAAACUUCUGGUGUGACUUUUGGACUUCUUUGGAUGUGCUCUGCGUGACGGCGAGCAUAGGCACCCUGUGCGUGAUCGCCUUGGAUCGCUACCUUGCCAUAACGUCGCCUUUCCGUUACCAAGUACUGUUGACCAAGUGCAAAGCGCGGCUGGCGGUGCUGGCGGUGUGGCUGGUGGCGGCUCUCACCUCCUUCCUGCCAAUCUACAUGGGCUGGUGGCGGCUGGACGACGAUAAGUCACUGGAAUGCUACGAGGAUCCCUGCUGCUGCGAGUUCUUCACCAACAAAGAAUUUGCCAUCACCUCAUCCAUCGUCUCUUUUUACUUACCCCUGCUAGUCAUGAUCUUUCUGUACGCCAGGGUCUUUCAGGAAGCAAGGCAGCAACUGAAGAAGAUCAACAAAUGUCAGGGACGAUUUCACUAUCACAACAACAACAUGAAUCUUGCACCGGAUCCGAAUGGGAAGGUUGCUAAACAGGGGCAUAAAAGGACGUCUCGAUUCCUAAAUCUGAAAGAGCACAAAGCUCUGAAAACCCUGGGGAUUAUCAUGGGCAUAUUCACCCUCUGCUGGCUGCCCUUCUUCGUUGUAAAUAUCGUCAACGUUAUCUUCAAGGACAGCAUUUCCACAACGGUCUUUACUUUCCUGAACUGGGUUGGUUACUCCAAUUCUGCCUUCAACCCCGUGAUUUACUGCCGCAGGUCGGACUUCAGGUACGCCUUCAGGACGGUGCUGUGGGGGUGUCGGGACAACGCGCCCUCCGCACAGCACGGCGGCGGCACCCUCGCGCCGCAAGGCGACGAGCGAAUCGAGAACGGUUGCCCGCUGCACUGCAGCUUCGAUGGCAUCGCGUCCGGCAUGGGCACCUCGCCGAACUACAGCCCCGACACUAACGGGAACGAACGAAAGCUGCUGGAUUCGGCCAUAUAGAGCCGAAUGCUUCUCGAAGACAGUGGGACAAAGUAACUUUGUAAGAUUAAGAGUUUAGCAAACACGCGUGUCCCCGAUCAUAUUCCGCUGUACUUUCUCAUGCGUUCACCUACCUCAUUAUCG